AUGAAUAAUACAGCACUUUGUGGCCUUCUGGGUAUUGCAUGCAUAAUAGUUCUAAUGUUCAAAAGGAAAAAAGUUGAAAAUCCACUUGAAAGGGAUUUAUCAACUAAUUUAGGGGCUUCAAAAAGGAUCUCCUAUGGUGAACUUGUGCAAGCCACUGGUGGAUUCAGUGAGAGUAACUUGCUUGGAAAGGGUGGUUGUGGAUCUGUGUAUCAAGGAAUGCUUUCUAAUGGGAAGAUGGUAGCAGUUAAAGUACUUGACUUGAAAUUGGAAGUAGCAUCAAGAAGUUUUGAUGCGGAAUGCAAGGCAAUGCGCAAUCUUCGACAUCGAAACCUUGUUGAGAUUAUUACUAGUUGUUCAAGUGUAAAUUUCAAAUCUUUGGUGAUGGAGUUUAUGUCAAAUGGAAGUUUGGAAAAAUGGUUAUACUCGGAUAACUAUUUUUUAGAUUUCUUGCAAAGGUUGAAUAUAAUGAUAGAUGUUGCAUAUGCCCUGGAGUAUCUCCAUCAUGGUUCUUCAAUACCUGUGGUUCAUUGUGAUCUGAAGCCUAGUAAUGUGUUACUUGAUAAAAAUAUGGUUGCACAUGUGAGUGAUUUUGGAAUUUCUAAACUCUUGGAUGAAGGACAUUCUAAAACUCAUACAGAGACUCUAGCCACUCUUGGCUAUGUUGCACCAGAGUAUGGUUCUAAGGGAGUUAUUUCAGUUAAAGGAGACGUGUACAGCUAUGGAAUAAUGUUAAUGGAAAUCUUCACAGGAAAGAAGCCAACAAAUGAAAUGUUUGCAGGAGAAUUAACCUUGAAAACUUGGAUUAGUGAAUCAAUGGUGAGUUCAGUCAUGGAAGUUGUGGAUUUCAAUUUAGUCUCUCAACAAGAUAAAGAAAUUCAUGAAUUUUUAGCUCAUGUAUCAUCUAUUUUGGCUUUAGCAUUGAGGUGUUGUGAAGACUCACCUGAGGCACGGAUUAAUAUGAUUGAUGUAACUGCAUCAUUAAUCAAAAUCAAGACCUUAUUCAUCCAUUGA